GAGAGGGGGGAGGGGAUGGCGGGACGCCUGGCCGCCGCGCUGCGCUCGCUGUGGGCCAAGGAGCCGGUGAUCGCCGCCAGCUUCGGCAUCGCCGCCCUGGCGUUGGUGUCGCCGCUGCUGAGCCCCUUCACCAAAUACUCGGGAAUGAUCAACCAGGCCACGCCCUACACCUACCCCGUUCCCGUGCGGGACGACGGCCGCCACCCCGAGGUGCCCCCGCACCCCUGUGCCCCCCAGGGCCCCGGCCUGGCCUGGCUGCGGCAGCUCUGAGCGACCCAAAAUCCCCCAAAUUCACCCCAAAAUCCGACCCCCAGUUUGGGGAACCCCCCCCCACCCCUGAGGGGGAUUUUGGGGGGUCCCAAAGGCGGAACCCCAAAAAUACAGAAACGAAACGAGGA